AUGGAAGCUGCCACCAUCAACAUGUCGCAAUUCCUCUUCUCUCUAACGCUCGUCGUCUUGGUUUUCCUCGCAUCUACAAACAUCCAGAAAACAGCAGCCAGUCCACCAUCCUACUCCCAGAAGCACAAAACGUUCGUGAAAACUGCAUGCAAUUCGACAACAUAUCCUGACAGAUGCUACAAGUCCUUAUCCUCCUACUCCUCGGCCAUCAGAUCCGACCCGAUCAAGCUAUGCACCACGGCGCUCAGCGUCAACGUGAAAUUCGCAAAGGAAGCGACAUCAGUAGUCUCUAAGCUUCUAAGAAGUUCUCAGAAAUUUGCUGCGGGACGAAGGAAUAGAAUGUUACCGGAGACACUUAUCCUCAAGGACUGCCUCGAGGAGAUGAAAGACACAAUUGUUGAGCUCAAGCAAGCGAUCACAGAGAUGAAAAAUCUACAAGAUGGUAACUCGGUAGCUGAGCAUAUAACGAACGUGAGGACGUGGGUGAGCUCGGCUUUGACCGACGAAGGGACUUGUACGGACGGGUUCGAGGAGGUGAAAGUGAAUAAAGAAACGAAGAAGAAGGUAACGAAGGUUGUUGAGGAACUUGCAAGGACGACUAGCAAUUCUUUGGCGCUUAUUACUAAUCUACGUACGUUACUAGCUAACGAAUAA